UAGGAUUGUGGAGAUAGAGUAAUUUUUGUCCUUCCUCCAAGAACUUGUAUAUAGCAUAGAUUCAAUUGUGAAAUGGAGUUUAACUUUUAAAAUGUGGGGCUAGCUGGGUGUGGUGGUACAUGCCUUUAAUGCCAGCACUCAGGAGGUAGAGACAGAUGGAUCGCUGUGAGUUAGAGGCCAGCCUAGGCUACAGAGUGAGCUACAGAGAGAAACCCUGUCUUGAAAAACAAACAAAAAUAAAAUAUGGGGCCAAGGAAAUGACUCAACAGGUAGCGGGCUGGCCAUGCAAAUGUGGGGACCUGUGCUGACUCUGUAGAACCUACCUAAGGCCAGUGCACAUCUGUAACUACAGGGUGUCUGUGAUGAGAUGGGAGGCAGAGGCAGGAGAAUGCCUGUCAGCAGAGGCAAACAAUAAAGACACCCUGCCUCAGACAAGGUAGCAGGGGGACAACAUGCAAGGCUGCCUUCUGAUCGCUUCACUCAUGAUGUAGCAUGCAUUCUCCACCGCUCACACACAGGUAUGAGUACACACAUGCAUGAAUGCACACACAUACACAUAUGCCCAGCAUUCCAAUUCAUUAACCUCAAAUUGCAGAUUCCAACCCAAUUUUCUUUAAACAUCAUGUGGUUGUUUGAAUAUAUUUGGCUAAGGGAGUGGCACUGUUUGCAGGUAUGGCCUUGUUGGAGUAGGUAUGGCUUUGUUGAAGGAAGUGUGUCACUGCGAGUGUGGGCUCUGAGAGCUUCCUUCUAGCUGCCUGAGGAUGUCAGUCUUCUCCUAGUGGCCUUCAGAUAAACAUGUAGAACUCUCAGCACCUCCAGCUCCGUGCCUGCCUGGACAUUUCCAUGUUUCCACCUUGAUGAUAAUGGAUUGAACCUCUGAACCUGUAAGCCAGUCCCAAUUAAAUAUCCUAAUAAGAGUUGCCUUGGUCAUGACGUCUGAUCACAGCAGUAAAAAUCUAACUAAGACAAUCAUCAUCAUCACGGAAAAACUUUCAGGGUCUAAAAUGUCUGUGUGGGGCUGGAGAGAUGGCUUGGAGGUUAAGAGCUAACUCUUCCAGAGGACCUGGGUUCAAUUCCCAGACCAAUAUGGCAGCUCACAACUGUCUGUAACUCCAGAUCUGCAUUGUCUUCUGGCUUUGAGACUACCAAUCAUAUAUGCAUGUGGUACACAGACACACAUGCAGGCAAAACAACUAUACACAUAAAUUAAUAAUUUUUAGAAAUUACCAUGGCCAGGAGUGCCCAACAAGAAAAACAGAGUCCCUAGUUUCUCUCUUCUCCCCUUAAGCAAAUAUUGGGGUGUCAGCCAGAUAAUUUGGUUUGAACUACAUCCUGGCCAUAUGACUUGAAAUGGUGUCCUUUCCACUCUGAGCUCUGCUAAACCCAGCUGCCUCACAGAUCACUAGGAGUGAUCUAGUCACUCCUAGGAGCAGGCAACAAGCUGGGCAGUUUAAAAAGUGACCUUGCCAGCUGCACAGUGGUGGCCCUUGCCUUUAAUCUCAGCACUGGGGAGGCAGAAUUAGAUAGAUCUCUGAGUUUGAGGCCAGCCUGAUCUAUAUACCAAGUUCCAGGAUAACCAGGAUUCUACAGAGAAGAAACCCUGUCUCAGAGCGACAAGAAGCAGAAGAGGAAGAAAAGGAAGAAGAAAGUGACCUUGUCUCAACUGGUUCUAACUGAUGCUGCACUUAGAAGGUUUGCCUGGGAUGGUUCUAGAAACAUGAAGACUUCUGCCUUGGUCCGCCCGCAGACACUGAGGCUGGGUAGUGACUUGGCAGAACUCUGAGACGGAGUCUGCUAUGUAGAAGCCCCUUGUGCUUCAGCAGCAAUCACAGAGGCAGUGCAGGUAGCUGACCUUCAUCCAUACUCUAACUGGUCUAGAAAGAUGCAUAGGAAGUCUGUUCUCCGACCUUGCACGUGUGGAUCCUGGAGUCCAGGGGUCUGGUAUUUCCAGGAUGGCAUGAAAGCCCAAGUCAACAACCUCUGUGGUCUUUACCGGUGUUUACACAAGAGAACUGGGAAUCUCGUAGAAGGGCUCUCAGACUGUUCUGGAACAUGCUGCCCCAGGCCAGACUUUCCUAUUCCUUUCCUCAGUCCCUGGAGGGACCCAGAUGUCUCUCCUUUGCAUAUACUCUCUGUACUGGAUCCCAGAACCAAAUCUGUGACUCGGAUGGAUUGAGACUCCAGGAGGGAAGCUUUGAUGUUGGCAGUUCAAGGCCACUUUCCUGGCAUAGCUCCACCUGACAACACUGUGAAGCUGGGUUGGGAAGCUGGGAGCACAGGGCAGAAAGGUUGCUCUCAUCUGGAGUGAGUUGGUGUGACUGGGAGAGCUGGGGUGGAUUUGUGAUAUUUGAUACACAAAACCCAGACUUCAGUGACCCCUACUUCAAGAAAAUGAACAGUGAUGGAUUUAGCUUGUAUGUUUCUGUUUGUUUCCCCACGCAAACAGGUAAACUAGGAGCUGUUGGGCUGGGUUGUGGAUGGACCUUUGCCUAGGAUAUAGGAGACAUGGGCUUUCCUUCAGGGCUACAUAACUACUAGCAUAGAAUAUAAUUAACUUGGGCAGUGGUUGUACUAUUGAAGGAUGAACAUACCUCAAACCUUUACACACAAAUGUCACAGAAGUCUCCUGGCAGGCACUCUUAUGUCCAGAAGAGACAGAGUCGGCCAUGAUGAAGGACUUUGGGGCUAGGAGUUUGGCCUAGUCAGGAGCAGAAGGAGGAUUUCCAGCCGCCCCCCCCCCCGCCCCGCCCCGCAGCGUCUCAUAUAGCCCAGGCUGGUCUAGAACUUGGUAUGUAGCCUAACUUCUCAUCCUCUUGCCUCCACCGUACUUGGCAUUUCAACUCUCGAUCCUGGUUAGUCCACCCAACUGGACGCUACCUGGGGGAGACCCAAGUUGCCAUGGUCUAGGUUCAAGACGGCAAAGCUUGUCAUUGUCUUGAUGAAAGCGCCUCAGGUCCGUCGGUCAGCUAAACGCAAAGGACGCAGGGGACUAAGGCGACGUGUCUGCAGCUGACAUUCUAACGGAAGCGGGGAGUCUUGCAGCCGUGAGCCCCCGCGGCCCGAUGGGUCUCCCCGGUACCUGAUGCUUUGAGGAUAUAUGGAGGCUCCCAGAAAGCGCGGGCUCAGCACUGGGGCCGCCUGAGCUCUGGAACAGGCCCAAGGGUGUCGAGCAGGCUCCUGCCCUGGCGUGGACCCGCCUUCUCCCGGGUGAGACCCAAUGGGGCGGCAGGUUCUGCAGCUCCGCCCCGGUUGGGUCCCAGCCACCAGGGCCAGCCUAGAGUCCCCACCGCACAGCCCGGUGCAGCGGCGUGCUCGGACCUCGCGUGCUCGGGAUGGCCGGCUACCUGCGGGCUGUGAGCUCGCUCUGCAGAGCCUCGGGCUCAGCGCGGACCUGGGCACCGGCAGCACUGACUGUCCCCAGCUGGCCGGAGCAGCCGCGGCGCCACUAUGCUGAGAAGAGGAUCAAGGUGGAGAAGCCGGUAGUGGAGAUGGACGGUGACGAGAUGACCCGGAUCAUCUGGCAGUUCAUCAAGGAGAAGCUCAUCCUGCCUCACGUGGAUGUUCAGCUCAAGUAUUUUGACCUUGGGCUUCCAAACCGUGACCAGACCAAUGACCAGGUCACCAUUGACUCUGCUCUGGCCACCCAGAAGUACAGUGUGGCUGUCAAGUGUGCCACAAUCACCCCUGAUGAGGCCCGUGUGGAAGAGUUCAAGCUGAAGAAAAUGUGGAAGAGCCCUAACGGAACGAUCCGGAACAUCCUUGGGGGAACCGUCUUCAGAGAGCCAAUCAUCUGCAAAAACAUCCCCCGCCUUGUCCCUGGCUGGACCAAGCCCAUCACCAUUGGCAGGCACGCCCAUGGCGACCAGUACAAGGCCACAGAUUUUGUGGUAGAUCGAGCUGGCACGUUCAAGUUGGUCUUCACCCCAAAGGAUGGCAGCAGUGCCAAGGAGUGGGAGGUGUAUAACUUCCCUGCCGGAGGCGUUGGGAUGGGGAUGUACAACACCGACGAGUCCAUUUCGGGCUUCGCGCACAGCUGCUUCCAGUACUCUAUCCAGAAGAAAUGGCCGCUCUACUUGAGCACCAAGAACACCAUUCUGAAGGCCUAUGACGGGCGUUUCAAGGACAUCUUCCAGGAGAUCUUUGACAAGCACUAUAAGACUGACUUCGACAAGAAUAAGAUCUGGUAUGAACAUCGGCUCAUCGACGACAUGGUGGCCCAGGUGCUCAAGUCUUCCGGUGGCUUUGUGUGGGCUUGCAAAAACUAUGAUGGAGACGUGCAGUCUGACAUCCUGGCUCAAGCGCUACUGGGGAUUAUAUAUACGGCCUCAUGAAAGCUAGGUGAGUGCACUACUACUGAGCUACAAGUACAGGCCUUUAUUUAUCUGUGCCUGUGCGCAUGUGCAGCACUCGUGUGGAGGGCAGAGGGCACCCUGCAUGAGUUGACUCCUUGCACCAUGUGGGUCCUGGAGAUUGAACUCAGGUUGUCAGGCUUGGUGGCAGGAACCUUUACCAGCCGCGCUGUCUUGUUUUCCCUCUGCCUUAUUUUGAGACAGGGUAGACUAGCUGGCUGGGUGGGAUCACCAUCAGCUGUCUUGUCUUGUACCAAGGGAUCGGCCUGUCUCCAACCCUGUGACUGCUGUGACAGAGACAGGCGUGCAGGGUGCUGAGCUCAGGUGGCUCACAUUUGGAAUCUCAGCACUCAGGGGAUUGAGGGAAGCAGACUGCUAUCAUUUGAGGCCGGCUUGGGUUACAUAGUGAGUUCCAGGCCAAAUAAAAAUAAACAGAAAAAGGGGCCGUUGAGAUGGCUCAGUGGUAAAGGCACUUGCCAUGGAGAUUGACAGCUUGAGUCUCAUCCCCAGAAUCUACAUGGUGGAGAAAGCACUCUUGCAAAGCU